AUGGGAAGCCGCCGAUACGACAGCAGGACGACCAUCUUCUCGCCCGAGGGACGGCUGUACCAGGUCGAGUAUGCGCUCGAGAGUAUCAGCCACGCCGGCACAGUAGUGGGCAUCCUCGCCCCCGGACCCUCCGCCAAACCCUUCACCGCCUCGUCCGACUCGACCGACGCGAUGGCAGUGGACGACACUCCCUCGUCUUCCACUCCCUCUUCCUCCUUCGAGCCGAAAGAGAAAGAGAAGGAGAAGAGCGAGGCGACGAGGAAGAAGGAGGAGGAAGCGAGGGUCGAGAGGGAGAAGAAGUACCCCCUUCCGCACAAGGCGGGAAUCGUGCUGGCGGCCGAGAAGAAGGUCACGAGCAAGUUGUUGGAGAAGGAGAAGGGCAGUAGCGAGAAGUUGUUCCUCAUCAACGGGAACGUCAUCUCGGGCGUGGCGGGCUACAACGCCGAUGCCAACUCGCUCGUCUCGUACGCGCGCAACGUCGCCCAGAACCACCUCGCGGCGUACAACGAAGACAUGCCCGUCGAGCAACUCGUCCAACGCCUAUGCGACCUCAAGCAAGGCUACACGCAAUACGGCGGACUCCGUCCCUUUGGCGUCUCGUUCCUCUUUGCAGGACACGACCCGCACCACUCGUUCCAGCUUUACGCGAGCGACCCGUCGGGAAACUAUUCAGGGUGGAAGGCGACGUGUGUUGGGGCGAAUAAUGCCACGGCGCAGAGUUUGUUGAGGCAGGAUUAUAGGGACGAUGUCGGGAUUGAGGAGGCGGUUGGGCUUGCGUUGAAGGUGUUGAGCAAGACGAUGGAUUCGACCAGCUUGGAUUCCGAGAAGAUCGAGCUCGCGACGCUCACGAUCGACGAAUCCUCCGGCCUGCCCUUUGCCAAAAUCUACAAGCCGCACGAAAUCGACGCCGCGCUUGAGAAAGAGGGAUUGGCGAAGAAGCCUGAGGGAGAGACGACGCAGGCGAUUCCCUAG